CGAGUUAUCAAGUGUCGGUGCCCCGAAAUUUAUUUCCCCGCAAAAAAUCGAAAUUAUUAUUUUCAUUUCAACAGUAGCCUUCCAUAUCUCAACAAACUAAAAUAAUGGGCGAGGAAAUGAACAUCACAGAGGAUGAAGCAGCAUUAUAUGACAGACAAAUUCGUCUCUGGGGGUUGGACGCACAGCGCAGGUUACGUGCCGCGAAAGUUCUCCUGAUUGGGCUGAAGGGACUCGGCGCGGAGAUAACAAAGAACAUUGUUCUGGCAGGAAUCAAGUCUAUAACUUUGUUAGACAAUACACAAUCUACAGAAGAAGACAGUUGUUCACAAUUCCUCAUCUCUAGAGACGACGUGGGUAAAAAUAGAGCGGAGGCGUCCCUAGAACACACUCAGCGCCUGAAUCCUAUGGUAGAGGUGACAGCAGACACACAGAGUGUAGAGGAUAAAGCUGACGAAUUCUUCACCAAGUUUGACGUCGUGUGCGCCACAUGUUGUAAACAGUCCUCUCUCCUCAGAAUCAACAAAAUCUGCUCCGAACACAAUAUCAAGUUCUUUGGAGGGGACGUGUUUGGAUUUUAUGGUUUCAUGUUUUCUGAUUUAGGAGAACACGAGUAUGCAGAAGAAGUUCCCAAACCCAAACCAAAGGAAGAGGAGGGGGAACCAGCAGCUAAAAAAGCCAAGAAGGAGGAAAUAGAAAUGGUGACAGUAAAAAAGAGUGUUUCCUUCAGUCGACUACAGAGUGCGUUAGACGUUGACUGGUCCUCACAAUCCGCUCAGCGUAAACUCAAAAGAACUCCCAACACGUACUUCAUCAUGCAAGUGUUACACGACUUUAUGAAUAACAACAACAGACGCCCUGAUGUCAAACAGAAAGAGAACGAUAUUAAGCUAUUAAUAGAACAGAAAACAGCGACCCUGGAGAAACUGAAACUCAGCCCCAGUCUACUGUCAGAUGACUUCGCUAGUUUCUGCUUUGCUGAGUUGAGUCCAGUGUGUGCCAUUGUGGGUGGAGUCAUGGGACAAGAAAUCAUUAAGGCAGUGUCUCUGAAGGACCAGCCUCACGAUAAUUUCUUCUUCUACAACGGAAUAGAAGGGAGUGGCUUAGUGGACAAAAUCUCGUCAUCUUGACAUCUGAACCUGAGCUUAUCCUGACCCUCCAGACUUUAAGUAGGACACUAUGACGGAAUGGAAUGCAGUCUGUCUCCAUUGUAACUCAUCUCAUUUUGUCAGCUGAUAU